UCAAAAUGUUAUUAAAUUUACGAGAACAAACUAUAUAUUCAAUGUAAAUUUUUAUUGCAAUAUUCAAAUGUUGGGUACAGAAAACAUUGGGUGUUACUUGUCAUCAAUCUCGAUGCUGAGGUGAUAUAUUACAUGGACCCGUUGAAUGGUGAGCCAACAAAAUAUCAAAAUUUAAAAACCAAGUUUGAGAAUGCGUUGCAAAUUUAUCGUGCUAAUAGUAAUUCUAAAGUGCCUAAAGUCUCCAAGUCAAAGAAAAUUUCAUGGUCAAAAAUUCGGUGUCCCCGUCAAAUUAAUAGCAUUGACUGUGGAUAUUUUGUGAAGCGAUUUAUGAAAGAGGUCAUCAUGGAAAAUGAAAUUAUGAUCCCCGUAAAUUACUUUCCUGACCACAAAUGCCGUACCUACUCUAACGAUAAGUUAACUGAGGUCAAGGAGGAUUGGGCUACCUAUAUGGUGGAUGAUGUGUUCGGAAAACAAGAAGCAAUUAUUUUGCCUAGCUAGCAAAGUGAUUCGAUGUCUGGAUUCGGAAGUGCUUUGUUUCACGAAGGGAUUACUACUUGAUGUUGUUUUGUUGUCAUUUCUUGAUUUUUUAGAUGUUUUUUCUUUAGUGUAGAAUAUGUUGUACUUUUUGUUUGGAAUUUAGUUUGAUGCACU